AGACGAUUUACGUACGUUAGACUGUGACCAUCAAGUUGGAUAAGGCUGUAUAUCAGCCAUGGAGAAUAAAAACUACGUAGAAACCUAUAAUAGGGAUAGAAACGUUAUAGAUUUCAAUGAGAGUAGAGGUUCACUCGCUUUUGGUGAUUCUUCCACAAAAGACGAUGAAUUGGCUGUAAAUUUGGAAGCAGAAGAGAAAGUGACGCCUUUUGUUGUAUUCCUGACACUUGCGGCUGCUGUCAGUGGUAUGUUGUUUGGUCUUGAUACUGGUAUCAUUUCAGGUGCACUCGUAGAAAUGGACGACGCAUUCGAGACUGAAUUGACAGACACUUACAAGGAGCUUAUCACUUCCGCUACAACCUUAGGUGCCUUAAUAUCUUCCCUUACAGCUGGUAUUGUGGCAGACAUAAUAGGAAGACGUUUGGCGCUUGCCGGGGCUGAUGUCUUCUUCACCGUCGGUGCUAUCGUACAGGCGUGUGCUCAAGGUGUUUGGACGAUGAUAGCUGGUAGAUUCAUCCUCGGUCUCGGUGUAGGAUGGGCAUCAUGCGUUGCACCCCUUUAUAUUAGCGAGUUGUCACCGACUCGUCUAAGAGGGCGAUUAGUCACUGUAAAUGCCGUAUUUCUCACUUUCGGUCAAGUGAUUGCGUAUGCAAUUGGUGCAGCUUUUGCUAAUGUUGAUGACGGAUGGAGAUACAUGGUUGGUAUUUGUGCCGUGCCAUCAGGAUUGCAGUUUAUCGCAUUACAUUGGCUGCCAGAAUCACCACGCUUUUUACUUUCUAGGGGUAAAGACGAUGGUGCUAUUAAGGUCCUCUCGAGAAUAUACCCAUACAUCAAUCAGGAAGACAUGAAAGCGAAACUCUACGUACUCAAACAGGGCGUCAAGGAGUCUCUUGAAAUAUCAAAGAGAGUACCACUCUACAAGAGAAUAGGAAAAAUGUUUACAGAACCAGUCAUCUUGAAAGUUACAAUCAUUGCCGCUGGUUUACAGGCAUUCCAACAACUUUCAGGUUUCAACACAUUAAUGUAUUACUCAGCAACUCUCUUUGCUCAAAUUGGAUUCGACCAGCCAACAGCCACCGGUUUGAUUGUUAGUGGAACCAACUUCCUUGGUACACUUUUCGCUCUUAAAUAUAUCGAUGUCAUUGGAAGGAGAAGAAUUAUGUUGAUUAGUGCACCAAUGCUGGUUGUAUCUCUGACUUUCGCAAGUGUAUGCUUCCACUUUUUGACGAUCGAAACUGGUGGACAAUUCGUUGAUGGACACAACUAUCCUAAAGUGUGGUCAGCUCUUGUCUUAGUAGCUAUAGUACUUUAUGUAUUAUUCUAUGCGGUUGGAUUGGGUAACGUCCCAUGGCAACAAGGCGAACUCUUUACGUUGGAAUAUAGAGGUAUUGGUACAUCACUAGCAACUGCAAGCAACUGGAGUUGCAAUUUGCUCAUCUCUUUGACAUAUCUCUCACUUAUCAAUAAGAUAACUGCUAGUGGUGCUUUUGGAUUUUACGCCGGAUUGUGUUUCCUGGGCACGUUAUUUGUUAUCUUCUGUUACCCAGACUUGACGAAGUUGUCAUUGGAGGAGGUUCAAGAUGUCUUUAGCGGUAAUAGCUUCAAGGAUGCUCGAAGAAGGGCAGAAGUCAUGCGCAAAUCUAAGUCAGAAGUGCUUUACCGUCUCCACGAAAAGGAGGGUGGAUUGACGCCUGACCAUCCGGACGAAUAAAUGUAUAGAAAAUAGGAUUAAUCAUUUCAUUUACUUCUUUAAUAUAAUGUACACUAAUAAACAAUGCUAAAUCAAAC